AUGUCGACUUAUCAAUCUUUUCAGAAUGCAAAUUAUCAAAAUGAUGGAGAUAUCGAUGAAGAUAUCGAUGAUGAUGAUGAUGAUGAUGAAAAUCCACACGAAGCUGGAGUUUUAAUACAUGUACCUGAAUCUGAUAGAUCAAACUGGGGUCCGAUUGAAGAUUUGGAUUCAUUCUUCACAAGAAUUUAUCAUUAUCAUCAAAAACAUGGAUUCCUUUGUAUGAUUUUACAGGAGUUUUUCGAAUUGGGACAAUUUGCUUUCGUCGCAGCCUUUACUUUUAUAUUGUUCCACUGCAUCAAUUACCCCAUAUUAUUCAGGGAUGAAGAAACGAAGAAUAAAAAUUCGACAAAAGUUUCAAUCGAAGAUGCAUUAUUGCCGUGGGAAGAAUGCGUGAAAAGCAUGGGUGCUAUUACAUGGAUUUUAAUUAUAAUAGCAGUACUCUUUUGGUUAUUGAGACUUAUAAAAGUUUUAUGCGACUGUGUUCAUUAUUGGGACAUAAAAAAAUUUUAUAACACAGCCCUUAAUAUCUGUGAUAGUGAAUUGGAUAAUUUAACUUGGCACGAAGUUCAAAAAAGAUUAAAAACGGUUCAAAAAGAACAUGAAAUGUGCAUACAUAAAAAAGAUUUAACAGAGUUGGAUAUCUAUCAUAGGAUUCUAAGGUUUAAAAAUUACAUGGUUGCCAUGGUUAACAAAAGUUUAAUACCGGUUCAAUUAAAAAUUCCAUUUUAUGGAAAUGUUAUUUUUUUCAGUAGGGGAUUAAAAUAUAAUAUCGAGUUGUUAUUGUUUAGGGGACCUUUUGCACCUUUUGAUAACAAUUGGCAGUUAAAGGAAGAGUACAAAAAAGUGAAUAAACGUAACGAACUGGCUGCUAAUUUAUCGAAACACAUAUUUUGGUUUGCCGUUAUCAAUUUCGUUUUGUGUCCUGUGAUAUUAUUAUGGCAAAUAAUGCAUUCGUUUUUUACGUACGCCGAGAUGAUCAAACGCGAACCCGAAAGUCUCGGUUCAAGAUGUUGGUCCCUCCACGGUAGGCUCUACUUGAGGCAUUUUAACGAACUCGAUCACGAGCUGAACGCAAGAUUGAAUCGAGCUUACAGACCAGCCACAAAAUACAUGAACAUAUUUACAUCGCCGAUCAUGACCAUAAUUGCAAAAAAUGUCGGGUUUAUAUCCGGUGCUAUUUUGGCUGUUCUCUUGGCAUUAACGGUUUACGACGAAGAUGUAAUAACGGUCGAACACGUUUUAACGACUAUGACAGUUCUCGGAGGGAUUUUGGCCGCUUCAAGGGUUUUUAUACCGGACGAAAAUUUAGUUUGGUGUCCCGAACAAUUGAUGACAGCCGUAUUAGCACACGUUCAUUACCUUCCGGAAUCUUGGCGUGGGAAAGCUCAUACACAAACGGUUCACUCUCAAUUUUCCCAAAUAUUUCAAUAUAAAGCGGAAUAUUUAAUUCAAGAAUUGAUCUCUCCGUUAGUGACUCCAUAUAUAUUGUAUUUCCGUCUACGUCGACGAGCCAUCGACAUUGUCGAUUUUUAUCGUCAGUUCACGGUGGAAGUCGUCGGAGUGGGAGACGUUUGUUCGUUUGCUCAAAUGGACAUUCGGAAACACGGAAACCCCGACUGGCAACCGGAAGACGAGAGUGAAAAAAUUAACAAAGCAAACACGUCUCCCAGUCCUCAGUUCGCUCAGGCCGAAGAUGGAAAAACGGAACUGUCACUCAUACAUUUUACGUUAACGAAUCCGAAUUGGCGUCCUCCAGCCGACGCGGAAAAUUUUGUUGAAAAGUUGAAAGCUCAAGCGAUAAAAGAUGCCGAAAUGUUAGAAUUGAAUACUGCGGGAUUUAAUAAUCCCCUUUGUACUUCCCUACAUUCUAUAUCGUCACUCGGAGUUGGGUAUAACAUUUUCGCAACGAGUUUUCUACGACAAUCGUUCAGACCAGAAGGCGAAAGACGACCGAGUAAAACGGAUAAAUCGUACAAUCCUCUAAACGUCAGUCAAUCGGUUCAAAAUUAUAACGCAACGUCCAUGCAGCAAAGCAUUCGAGGAGGACUCAGACGAUUGGAAGGACCUGGAAAAAAUGAAAGAGGUGAUAUCCCUGGAAACGAUCAAAGUUGCAAUUCGGGACCUCAGUCAUUAGCAUUGGGUUUGAGGGGAUUCAUAGAUCCCACGACUAGUUUAGGAGCUUCCGUGUUCGGUUCCGGACCGGAUAUUAUAUUACGCGCGGAUCAAAUUGAACAAACUCCCGCCGACAUGGCUCUCAGCACGUUGUAUUUACACGAACUUCACCAUCGUCAGAUCGGCCGAAGAAGUAAUUACCAAACAUCGGAAAUUCAUUCACCGUGGAGAGAUAGCAGUCCGAUAAGAGGAGAAGGAGGAUCGGGGGGAGGAGGAAUCGUGCAAGAAACAACAAGUGCGAAAGGAGAAAAUUCUGAAACGGAUAGGAAAAACGAAAAGUUACCGUUACUCAAAAAAUAA